AUGGAUUCUGAAUCAUAUAGAGAAGAAGAUCAUACACAGUCAGUAAGUGGAGUAAAUAAAGGCAAAAAUUUGAAUGAUGCAGGGAAGAGGCUUUUAUGGGCAAGUGGAAUCAGUUUAGAUAAGCCUAUUAGAAAGGAAAAAGAAGCUGGCUUCAAGAAAAAGGAUACAAUAAAUACUAAAGAUAAAAUUGCAUUAAGCACACAGAACAUGGUUAAGCCAAUAAAUGCACCCGUAAGCAAUAAAAUCGCAAGUGACGUGCAAAAGAGUGUAAAGAUGCCUGGGGUGAUUGAGAUUGUUGACCAAGCAAAUAGAGUGAAAAUGAAUGAAGAUGUAAAGAUAUUGGAAUCAUUUCGAGACCUAUCUUCUAAGUCUCUUUCGAAAGCUCUUGAGAAAGAUUAUGCACAUCCUACGAUUAUACAGAAGUAUUGCAUUCCGUCAAUAUCUGAGGGAAGGAAUUUGCUAUGCAGGGCACCUACAGGAAUGGGAAAAACGAUGUGUUUUCUUAUUCCAAUUAUUGAAAGACUUGAGAGAUGCAAUAAGCCACAGGCAUGUAUUAUUUCACCAACAAGAGAAUUGUGUGAGCAGAUCCGUGUUGAAGCAUCCAGAUUAGUUGAGAAUACUAAUAUUCGAGUAGUAUCGAUAUAUGGUAAGAAGUAUGAUUUACCAAGUUAUUAUGGAGUUGAUAUUGUAGUUGCAACGCCAGGCAGACUAAUAGAUUUGCUACAAAGGAAGAAGAUAGAUUUUUCAGGGAUUAGGACGCUGGUGUUUGAUGAAGCAGACAAACUUCUUGACAUGGGCUUUGAGGUAUCUACGAGAGAAAUACACGGAUAUGUUCCACAAGGAGUGCAGAUAUGUCUAUUCAGUGCAACUUAUUCAGCAAAGCUCACCAGGAUGAUAAACUACUUUUUGCCGGGAGACAAAGUGUCUAUUGAGAUGGUCUCUGAAACGCUGAGGAACAUCAAGCAGGAGAUUGUGGAGGUUGGAAACAAAGAUGAAAGACUGGUUAAGAUCCUAAGCAGCUCGGACAUUAAUUUUGAAAAGACAUCGUGGAGAACAGAUGCACGACCGGACAAGGUGCUUGUAUUCGUCGAGAGAAAGGCAUCGUGUGCAGAACUCGAGAAGUAUUUAAAACGCCGAGGGUUUGAGUGUGUGUCUUUGCAUGGAGACAAGGAGCAAGUAGAAAGAAACGCUGCUCUUCAGGGAUUCCGUGAUGGCAGGUAUCCGAUAUUGAUUGCAACAUCAAUAGCAGCGAGGGGGAUUGAUGUUAAGGACAUAAAGCUUGUGAUAAAUUAUGAUAUUCCAAAAGACAUUAAGGAAUACAUACACAGAAUAGGACGCACUGGACGCGAGGGAAAGGCAGGGAAGUCUAUUUCUUUCUAUGAUAGGAGUGUGUCGAAUGAGUUUAGGAAUGCACUGAUUGAGAUUCUAAAGGAGUCAGGAAAUGAGAUUCCGAGGUUUUUAGAGGGGGCCUCCCGAUCGGAGGACUUUGAUGCAAUGAUCAACAGGCUGAAGGUCAGUGCAGAUAAGGAAGUAUCUGAAGACGAGACCAUUGGGUUGUGGGGAUGA